AUGAGUGAGUCCACGAACAGCCGCCCUUCACAACCUGAUAUUCCAGAAGGAAAACCAUUGUCUCGACGGAAGAGACAUACCUUUGCUGAGAAGUACAAAAUUCUUCAGUUGCUUGAUGAGGCUGGCGCCAAUGUCACAAGUGUUUCCCAUGUCACAGGUGUGAAAGCAAAGACUAUUUAUGAAUGGAAAGCUAAGAAAGAUCAUAUUCUUGCCCAGAUCGACAAGGAGAAAGCAGCAACAAAAAAGGCAUCAACAAAGGAUACAAUGCCGGCAUUGGAUAAAAUGAUGGUAGCAUGGCUAGACAGGGUUCUAAGCUCAAAAAAUCUUUUGCCGACUCAACAUGCGAUCAGCCUUGCAGCUAAACGGUUCAAGGAGCAGAUUCUCAACAGCAACUCACGUGAAAUUUCUCAAAAUGAGAAGAAUCUAUUGGGACGGUUCAAUGCAAGCACAAGCUGGGUGACAAGAUGGACCAAGAAGCAUGGUCUUGUGAGUAAACAAUUGCAUGGAGAAGCUGGUGCCGUUGAUUUGGCGAAAAUUACGCCCAGGAUUGAAGAGUUGAAAGCAAAAAUUGACAGAUAUAGUGCAGAAAAUGUGUACAAUAUGGACAAGACAGGACUCUUCUAUCGUCUUACUCCCCGCCAAUGCUACGUCAAGGUACAGGCACAGGGAUCAGCUUGGGGUACAAAAGGAAUGACAGCAAAGGACCGAAUCACUUUGUUUGUUGCUACCAAUCUAACAGGGGACAGAAAAGUGCCAUUGAGCGUGAUUGGGAAAUCAGGAACUCCUCGCUGCUUCCGCAACAAAAGUGUUCCUUUGAAGUAUUUCAGCCAGAAGAAAGCAUGGUCGGACAAGCCUACCUUUCGCAGAUGGUUUCUAGAGGUAUUUUUACCUUACAUUCGAGGUGUUACGACUGCAUCUCCUGUCCUCCUGAUCAUGGAUAACUGUGGUCCACAUGGAGAUGACAUCGAGGCUCUUGAUGUCCGUGGUCAAGUCAAGGUAGAGUUUCUUCCACCAAACUGCACAUCUGUGCACCAGCCAAUGGACAUGGGUAUCAUUGCCUGGGUGAAAAGGAAAUAUCAAUACCGUCUCCUUGGGAGAAUGCUCGAUGUCUUGGAUAAUUCUGAACAAUAUGCUGAUGUUGAUGUUGGUCGUUUCCAAGCAGGAACUGCUGGUGUCACCAAGGGAACCAAGGCCCAUGUCUUAGAUGCAAUCAAGAUCUUGAAUGAAGUUUGGAACAAACUUGAUCAGAAGACCAUAGCACGCUGCUGGGACAAGGCUCAAAUUUUGCCUGAUUCCAUGAAGGAGAAUUUCGAUAACAGCAUACAUGCUAAAGGUUUUGACGCUUGGAUGCAGGCUUGUGUUGAUGACAUAGCCAACAGAAUCAAGAACAUGAAAUUGAGUCAUUGCAGUGAUGUUGUCCAAGACAAAGAAAUUAUGGAUGUUAUGAAGGGAUUGAAUGAGAUCCGGAAUGACGGUGAUAUCGGGAAGAAAAUUGCUGAAUGGGAAGAUUUGGAAGCUGAUGAAAACGUUGCAUCAUAUCUUCAGCAGGAGGAGGCAAUAAAUGUGGACAAAGAGAUCACAGUAGAAGCUAUUAUUUGUCCAGCUCACAAUGAUUUGUAUAAUUCAUCCGACGAAGAGGAAGAGGAAGGCUCAAAAUCUCCUUUGGAACAGGUGGAUGCUUCCACCAUAACAUCUGAAUUAGCUUCAUUCGAACACCGGCUUUGUGACCAUCAGUGCUAUGCCACUGCCAAUGCACUACAAGAUGCCAGGGAUGCACUCUUCCGUGAAAUAGCCAAAGCAAAGCAAGUGCAAUAGUGGGGACUCAAUCAGGGUCGUCAAAAGAAGGCCUUGUUCAAGCACUUUCUCACUGCUGAACCGCACAUGACCUAUCAGAGGAUUUCUGAUGCUCAUGGGAACUCAGUUCAGGACUUUGAAGAUUCUGUCGAUGAAUUCAUUUGCGAAUACACUGGUUAA